CUGUAUGAAUGCUUUCCUGAGCACUUUUUUGUUAUUUCCCAACACUGUGUUCUGUUGAUCAGUUGCUUAUUUUACAUCUUUAUUUAUGCAAUACAAAUUGUACAGCAAUUAAAUGUCAAAAAAAUUGAUAUAUUUUCCAGAUCAAAAUGGCUCCAAAGACACCAUCCCGCGAUCUUAUUAAAAUAAUAAUCAAUAAUUUCUUUAAUUCAUUACGGCCUCGACAAAUAAAAGGAAAUUUUAUAGGGGAAGAUUAUUUCGGUAAUAAAUAUUAUGAAAUACCUGCAAAUCCAUCAAUAGGAAAGAGGAGGCCUUCCCGAUAUUUUGUACCGACAGACAAAGAAGCUUUCGAUCAAGAACUUACAGCUGAAUGGGAAGCAUGGUUACGUGGUCGGCGUAAUAACCCUCCUACUCGUGAAGAGUUAGUUAAGAAUUUAUCCAUAAUGGAAAUGAAGCAACGAAAUGCCGCAGAACUCGAAGCAACGUAUGGAGCAAAAGAUGAUAAAGGCCAAUUGUUGCCUAAGGAAAAGGAAACGAUCGGUUCAUUUCCAAAGUACAACGAGUAUGAAAUUAUACCAGGAAAAGACCCAGAAAAAGAAUAAUCCACUAAAUGUUUAUAAAAUUGAAUUACAUGUAAUUGAUAAUACGUAAAUUUAUUAUUUAUUUAAAACUUAAA